GCGAGUGUAGUGGAUAAAAUUUGUUGUUUUAAAAGCGCGUUUAGUUGAUAAGUUCCUUGACAGAAAUGAUGUAUGAAAAUUUUUGCAGAUUUUAACGGGUCUGCAUAGGAAAAUGUUGAGUGAGGUAUUCUGUGAAGUUCCUAAUAAAUUGAUUAUGUUUAAAAGUACCUGUUAAAAGUUGGAUUACCUGCCCUUAAUUCAAAAUACUGAUUUAGAACGUGACGGAACGCAUUUGUGUGUUGAAGUGCAAACGCCAAGAUGUCAGUGCUGCUAGAGAGUAGCCGUACGCGCGAAGGCUUGAAACUGCCUCUCGACCGAAGCAUCAGCGAACCCGGCCCGUCCACCGCGACCCAUCUACCUUCGCCGAACACCGCCAAAAGAUUCAAACUGGAGCCCGCCAGCGUCAGCCUGCCCACCAGCCCUUGCGGCGAGAGCGGCACCCUGAAACGCAACUGGGUGCUGAACAACGUCAAAACCCUCGACUCGGACGAUCUCAAAGCGAAGCUGCUGCAGAGCAAGCCGCAGUUCGUCAUCAUCGACACCAGGUCCUUCAUCAGCUACAACAUCAACCACAUCAACGGCGCCAUCAACGUCAACUGCACCGACAGGUUCAACAGGCGCCGCUUGCAGCAGGGCAAAGCCACCUUGGCCGAUCUGGCCACCACCUCCAAAGGCAAGGAGGUGCUGAAGAAGAGGUGCUUCCGCGAAGUCAUCAUCUACGAUGACUGCACCUGCGAGAAGGAGCGGAUCAACCCCUCCCUCCUCCUGGUGCUCACCUCGUUGGUCGAAGACCACAAAGAGCCGUCGCUUUUAGUCGGGGGUCACAAAGAGUUCCACAGAAAACACAAGGAUCUGUGCGAAGACACGCUGGUUUCCGGGAUAUCGUCCCGCGGUCUUCCCACAUCUGCCUCCUGUCCCGCUCUUGCAGAUGUGGAUUCCUACCCCGCCUCCAAAGUUUUACCCUUUUUGUACCUGGGCAACAGCAAGGAUGCAGCGGAUUUGUCUUGUCUUCAGGGCCUUGGAACCACCUGCGUAUUAAAUGUCACCUCACAAUUGCCAGGCUACCACGAGGAAUGCGGCAUCACCUAUAAACAGAUACCUGCCACGGAUUCUGGACAUCAAAACCUUAAACAGUAUUUCGAAGAAGCUUUUGAAUUUAUCGAAGAGGCAAGAAAAAACGGUACGAGAGUACUGGUGCAUUGUCAGGCAGGUGUAUCAAGGAGUGCGACAAUCGCCAUAGCGUAUAUAAUGAAGUUUAAGCAGAUGUCGAUGGUGGAGGCGUAUAAGAAGGUGAAGGAGGCAAGACCAAUAAUAUCGCCGAAUUUGAACUUCAUGGGUCAGUUGUUGGAGUUGGAGCAAAGCCUGAGGAGCAAUAAUAACAACCAUCAGAUACGUUGGAGUCAGCAGUCGAGUGACGAGGUAUCUCAAGGUUGUAGUGUGUAAUUUUUUCAGUGACUUUAACUGGUGGUGUUAUUGACGCUAAGUUAUCAGAAUUAUCAGCUCGCCAUAAGAGUAUCCAAUCUAGUCUUACAAUUUGGAAAAUGGCUGUGUUCACUUUAACAACAAAAUUAUUAGUGGUUCUUAUAGGAGUGUAAUAAGGCUGUAUAAACUGUAUAUCGUACAGCUGUAGAGAGUGUUAAUGGAAAUUUUGGCAGCAACUUGUAAAUAAAUUAAUAUAUAUUAUUUAUUAUAUUUCAAUGUUUGUAUUUACUUAUUAUGUAUAAUAUAGUUUAGGUUAGUUUGGAUGAUUUUUUUUUUCAAUAUGUUGCCAUAAACUUUCAAUGACAAUAUUUGUCCAUUGAAACUAAGUCAGUUCUUUUAGUUUGUCUAGUUUGUUUUUUUUAUUUUGUUAAAUAGAUCAAUAGAGAGCGAUUUUUGAAAAAUGGUAUAAAAUCUAAUUGUGAUUUAGAUAGUUUAGAAACCAAGUAUAGGUGCAUAUAGUGGGUGGGAACACCAAACAAUAUCUUACUCUAUUAGUGAGACUUACCGUAUAUAUAUCUUGAAUAAUGUGCCUUUACUUUUACACGUCUAUUACAAUGUAACCUUCAGACUGUAAAAAUAUUCUACAAAUUGUAAUGUGAAUUUUUCUGUUCAAGACUUAUAAACUAAUUAAAUUAUAUGUUA